CAAAUCGGCCAGCGAGGUUCCACCUCGUCGGCGACCAUGCCCGUCGCGCUGCAGGUGGCCGAUCUACCUGGAGCUCGACCCAGAGCAGCGCACGGAGCAACAGUUCGCGUCCGUCCACGCGUCGCCGGCCACCACUCGCGGAUCCUGUCUCCCGCUCGCCACCACCAUCCACCAGCAGCCCCAACGUGCACUGAGCCAACGAUGCCAUCGGUGCACGCGCUCUCCCCACCCACCAUGCCCCUCCAUGGCCGGCGUCGUCCCUCCCUCUUAUAUACCAAUGUCUGCGUCCCCCUUUCCCCAGAUCACAUUCACAUCAACGAGCAAGUCCACAAGAUCCAGCACCUAGCUCUCUCCAGCCAUGGCGCCCAGCUUCGGCCGCUCCAUCUCCUUCCCCCUCAGCCCGGCGCGCACCUCCCGGCCUCGCGCCGCCGCCUACCACGUCCGCUCCGUCUCCCUCCCUUGCAGCUCCCACCCGCUCCUCGCCCAUCUCUGCAACCACAUCACCGCCGUCCGCUCCUGGGUCGCCGCCCCCUCCUCCCCGUCCACCGGCCUCGCCCACCUCGACGCGCUCCACGCCGCUCUGGCAGAGCUCCUGCUCCUCCCCGAAGCCCGCUCCGCGCUACACCACGGCUCCGCCACCGCAACCUGCCUCCUCGACGGCUUCCUGCUCCUCGCCGACGCGCACGGCGCGUUCCAGGAGACUGUCGUCGAGCUCCGGGCGCACGCGUCCGACGCGCAGGCCGCGCUCCGGCGCCGCGACGACGCCAGGCUCGCCUCGGCCGUGCGCUCGCUCCGCCGCGCCGAGAAGGAUCUCGCGCGCCUCGCCGCCUCCGUGCGAUCCGCAGCCAAGUUCCCGACGAUGCCGUCCGCAUCCAGCAGUUCGGCAGAGGUGGAGGUGUCCGGGGCACUGGCCGAGGCCGUGGCCGCCGCGGCGUGCGCGUCCGCGGCAGUUUUCUCUGCUGUCGAGGCCGUGUCCGCAGUAGCCACGAGCGCGCUGGCAUCCAAGAAGACCGUGACAUCUUCGUUGAUGUCUCUCGUCAAGAGCGCCAAGGCCGCCUCCGACGACGAGAAGGAGGUGGCGGCGUUGGAGAGUCUUGACGAGGUGGAGGCGUGCGUCGCCGGGAUUGAGAGCGGGAGCGAAAAGGUGUUCAGGAGCAUCCUGCACACCAGGGUCACGCUGCUCAACAUCCAGACUGAGACGUGCUGUUGAUUGAUGACUGCAUAAUUAGCUAGUGGGCAGAAAUUGUGGUGUCCAAACUCAAGUGUACAUACUCUAAUUGAUUAACCUACGGAUUAAAGCAAAGCUCCAUAACAUACAGUUGCUUUGUUUUGUUGA